UAUUUGUUCUAAUAUUUCAUUCUAAAACUCCAAGCAUAGGUAAUCACUUCUACAUUCCAUUCCAUUCCAACUGAAACUGUUCGCAAACGUUCUAAUACCGCUCGUCCGGAGUUCGAUACCAAUUGGCACGCAUACUAUGUAAAGCCUCAUGCAAGCCGCCCCCUUGUAAAGCCCCUCUGCACGUGCUAAUAAAAUCUAUACUAUGUAACCUAGGUAGAUAGGUAUAUGUCCCCGACGCCCAUAAAGCAAACAAGACCUGCUGAUAAACGCCACUAAAGGAGUCAACAGGGCUGGUUGGUCUGGCAGGUGGGAUUCGCGUACCUACAUGGUGACCGGGCGACAGAUCUAUCACCAGAUAAGGUCUUGCUGCCGCUGGUGCAGAUGUCUCAAAAUCUUAUCGCCUAGAUCGUAGAUGCGAAAGAGAGCCUUACGCGGUUAUAUAUCGCCCAACUUGGGAAUUACUUAUCUUCUUUUGUUUCUUCUCAUAUUUCCUCCUCGAGCUUCUAUAUCUUACCUCCUGCUACUCUUAUGCUGUACCUGAUUAAAUAACUAUGCAUGUCGGUAUCAUAAUAGCGAUAUUGCGUGGGGUUUAGGCAAGCCAAUCGAAUUUGAUGGAUCUCAGCACUGUGGGCGCUGUCGUCGAGGCUCUGGUUGCAACAUACGCAGCCGGCCUGGAAUACUACACCAAAUGGCAACACCGAAAAUGGCAGGAGAAUCACUACGAGACUCACUCUAGAGGCAAUAUAGGCCGAACCAAUACAUGUGCUUUACGCACGUCUUUGAGUUUCUCCCCAAGCAAAAUUAGGGAGGCAUUUGAUAGCGGGGUAGAUAUCUUCGGCACUGGCUUCUCUGUUGGAGAUGAUGUAUGUCGCGAGAGCCUAAAGCGUGACCUCGAACGUCUACAGGAGCGCGUAUAUGCCUUGCGCAAAGCUACUCGUGCCGACAACGGCUCACUUGAGCUCUUCGAGGCUAUUCGUGUAUCGGAAAGCGUUCGUAUCUCCUGUUUGGCUGCCCUGGCUAGCCAGUAUAAACGAGUUGCCGUUGGCCGUCUAGUGCCACAAAUCCUACCAGGAACUAGACGGCGGUCGAGGCUUAGUGUUAUAACAUCUGAAGAGGAUAUGGCCAAUCCGGUCGCCGUUAAUAACAGUAGUAGCAGUAUUGAUGGCGACGCAGCCGGGUACGCACAGUCAAAAUACGGCCUAGAAGCCCCUAGCAAGCCGCCGAACUCUCAAUCAGAACCACCGUCCCCGCCACUGACUCCCAAGCAAGUUCCAGACGAUCUUCAAUCAAUCCGCACAACGAUCACAUCUGAUUAUUGUCCGCAGCCAAAGAAUAGCGUAUUCAGCAUGUUUUGCCCUGGGGCAUUAGAAUAUCAAGUUAAUCUUCAAAAAGCGAUGCCAGAAAACCAGAACUGUAGAUGUGGAUAUGAUUGGAACGGAGUGCAGACCGAAGAUAAGACCUCCUUCAUGGUGAAGGAAGGGUUUGAGAUUACAGCUCGAUUCCUCGGGAAAUCACAUUGCGACGGCGGGUUUGGGUGCGUUUUAUGCACUUCAAGCGGCAGAACAGAGAGGUACGCAAGGGUUGAAGAUUUGAAGGAUCACAUAAACGCUUCCCACACUAAGUGGCAAUUGCUUCACGAUCAAGACAUGGCCGGCCAAUACGUAGGAAGUAGCAGCUCAACGGCCUCCCCUACGCCAUCAGGCUAAUCGCCGUCUUCGCCAGCUUCUUUAUGCUUAUUUUCAAUCAUUCUAGCAAGCGUUGUGGAAGUUCUGGCGUUGGUAUUAGCUCUUCUGGCGUUGGUAUUAGCUCUUCUGGUGAUGUUAUUAGAGAUACCCGGGAUAGUAGCUAGGUAGUUGGAAGUCACCAUAAACAAAUUUAUGCGUAUUGAUAUGUAUAUUAUGUAGUUAGACAUGUUAUUCUACUGAUUUCCUCCAAGUUGCACUAUGCAUGAAAUCAAGUCGAUGCACGGCAGAUGGCAUAAAUAUCGACCACAAGCUCCUUACCUAGAACACAUCACAUUUAUCAUUUGCAUGUUACUCUAUAAAAACGGUGGAAUUUUCCUCCAUCCCCAACACGUGUUAUCAGCAUAUGGGCAGAGAGAAUCAAC